CCUCUCUGUUGCUCCUGCCCCCCUGUAGACUUCCUUCCUGCUCAGAUCAAGGGGUGGAGCUUCACCCCCUUCUUCCUGAGGGACUAAGGCUCCUCCCUCUCCUGGCACAGUAACAAGAAGACAGAGAAGACAAAUUCUGCUCUUACCUGUGAAAGGAGUCGACGGCAUGCGCACUGAGGAACAUCUGCCUGGCUUGAAGAUUUCUCAACGCUAUGUAGAAAAGUUGUUUUGUCCAGAACCCAAACCUUAGAAGUGAAACAAAUGUACAGGCCAGCUGAACCUAUGAAAAGCCGUCUCAAAAUGUCAUCACGACUAAGAAGUGUGGAGGUGGCAAGAGGAAGAACAGGAUAUGGUUUCACUCUCUACGGACAGUCCCCUUGUGUGAUAAGUAGUGUCAUCAAGGAAAGUCCAGCUGAGUUUGUUGGGCUGAAACCAGGAGAUCAGAUAUGUGCUGUGAAUGAGAUCAACGUUAAGAAUGCAUCGUAUGAAGACGUAGUGAAACUGAUAGGGAAAUGUUCAGGUGUUCUGCAUAUGGUGAUUGCCGAGGGAAUCCAUCACAUAGACUCAUGUUCCAGUGAUGAAGAACUUGCCUUCUAUGAAGGGAAAACUUGUCUGAAGCCAAGGCCUGAUUCCAAAGCUUUGGGUAUCAACCGAGCCAAGAGGGUUGUCGAGGAAAUGCAGUCUGGAGGAAUAUUUAACAUGAUCUUUGAAAGCCCUUCAGCUAGUGUUGCAAAAUGUGAUACUCGUGCACCGAAACAGAGGUCCAGAUCUAUGUCUGCCUCUCAUUAUGAAACGAGACGGGAAAAGGCAAAUAAAGUAGAUUUGCUCUCCAAGGAGGAGAUAUCAAAGGUGCUGAGUAAUGACUGUCUUUUCUCUAAUGGGAUGGACAAUCUGGAGGAUUUUGAGCUAGAUGCAAGUAUUUUAAACGUUGGGAUGGUUGUUGGAUAUCUCGGCUCUAUUGAAAUCCCUUCUACGAGUUCAAAUCUUGAGUACGACAGUUUGCAGGCCAUCCGUGGAUGCAUGAGGAGGUUGAGGGCUGAACAAAAAAUACAUUCACUGGUGCUGAUGAAGAUAAUGCACGACAGCAUCCAGCUGUGCACUGAUAAGAAUGGAGCUAUAGCUGUUUAUCCUGCUGAAAAACUAGCAUUUAGUGCUGUCUGCCCAGAUGACAGAAGGUUUUUUGGCCUUGUCACCAUGCAAAGCCCUGACGAUCAAAGCUUGGCCGACGAAGAAGGGAUUUUGAGGACAUCCUGCCACGUAUUCAUGGUAGACCCGGAAUUGUUCCAUCAUAAAAUACACCAAGGGAUUUCCAGGCGAUUUGGAUUUGAAUGUACCCCAGAUCCAGACACCAAUGGUUGUCUAGAGUUCCCAACCUCGUCUUUGCCUGUGUUGCAGUUUAUCUCUGUGCUGUACAGAGACAUGGGUGAACUGAUCGAAGGAAUGAGAGCGAGGGCUUUUCUGGACAACGAUGCAGAUGCCCAACAGAAUAACAGCACUAGCAGUAACAGCGACAGUGGAAUUGGAAAUUUCAACCAAGAAGAGAAACCCAAUCGAGUGUUAGUUGUUGACUUAGGAACUGCACCAAGCAAACAUAUCCAACAUCCACUACGAGAGGCUCCUGGAGGAAGAGGGCAGAGUCAUCAGGCUGCUCUACACUGGAAUGGUUAUUGUAACGAAGAAGAUGGACAUUUCUCUUUACAUGGAGGUCACGUUGAUAAGCAGCAAAGCUUUAAGAAACAUUUAGGCCCAUCGGCUCGUAUUGAAGUUCCAGUGGUUCCAGCUAGAGGACCGGCACCCUCAUCAAAGAAAGCAACGACUUUAGAUGGAGGGGGUCAGAGGUGGUUGCCUGUUCAUGUUAUGCGGGACUGGCAGCACGGCAAUAUCAGUGAUCAGGAGUCUUACGCAGAUUCUACAGAUGGCUGGUCAAGCAUUAAUUGUGGAACCCUUCCUCCUCCCAUGAACAAAAUUCCGGCUGACAGAUACCGUGUUGAAGGGAAUUUUGGGCAACCUCAGCCUGUAACUCGCAAAGUUGAAAGUUGGUCUAAAAAAGUGUUCGAUGUACAAAAUAAAUUUGGAGCUCCACAUAACUCUGCCAAAGCCAGAGAGGAUAGAAAGAGCUCCAAAACUUCCCACUUGGCUCAGGCCCCACAGCGCUCUUCUGGUAGAAGGUCGUUUGGAAGAUCUAAAAGGUUCAGCAUCACUCGAUCCCUGGAUGACCUCGAGGCUGCCACAGUCUCCGAUGGAGAGCUGAAUAGCACUGACCUGAAGGGAUGCAUCAGUGAGAACAGCCUGAGCAGCAAUGCCAGCCUUCCCAGUGUGCAGAGCUGCAGGCGACUGGGGGAACGCAGGGUCGCCAGCUGGGCUGUGUCAUUUGAGCGUUUACUGCAAGAUCCUGUCGGGGUCCGAUACUUCACGGAGUUUUUAAAGAAAGAAUUUAGUGAAGAGAAUAUAUUGUUCUGGCAAUCGUGUGAAUAUUUCAGCCGCAUUCCCGUCCACGACAAGAACGAGCUCUCCUACAGAGCCCGGGAAAUCUUCAACAAGUUCCUGAGCAGCAAGGCCACAACUCCAGUGAACAUUGACAGUCAAGCGCACCUGGCCGACGAUGUGCUCAAUGCUCCUCACCCGGAUAUGUUUAAAGAGCAGCAACUCCAGAUAUUUAAUCUGAUGAAGUUUGACAGCUACACAAGGUUCCUGAAAUCCCACCUGUACCAGGAAUGUAUGCUGGCAGAAGUUGAGGGUCGGUCACUGCCUGAUCCUCAGGAGAUUCCCAGUAGCCCCACAUCGAAGCACAGCAUCAGCUCCGAACGAUCCAACAUCUCAACCCCAAAAAAGCAGCUGAGUAAGAAAAACAGAUCCGGAAGGUCCCUCAAUGAAGAAUCCGGAGGUGAAGACGAUAACGAAAGGAAGAAGAAAGGGGCGUUCUUCUCUUGGUCCAGAAGUAUAAGUAUUGGGAAGUCACAGAAGAAAAGAGAGAAUGGGGAUGAUUGCUCCCAUAUCAACGGAGGGAACGUCAGGAGACGGGGAUCGCAGGGUUCCGUAUCUUCCUCAGCGAGUCUCGAGCUGAUUAACUGCGGCUCUAAUGGAAAUGCACUCGAGUUUGAAUCUUCGAGAGUGUCUUCCUUGCAAGAGAGAGAGAAGUCCUCCAAGCAGUGCUACAUCAGUCUCCCAGACGGUUCAUGCUGUGCCAUGCUCGUUAAACCUGGCCUCUCCAUUAAGGACAUGCUGAUGGGCCUAUGCGAGAAACAUGGAUUCAACAUUGCCGCUGUCGAUCUUUUCUUAAUCGGCGGGAAUAAGCCCCUUGUGUUGAGUCAGGACAGCAGCAUUCUGGAAUCUCGGGAUCUCCGGAUAGAAAAGCGGACUUUAUUUCGGUUGGAUCUUGUUCCAAUUAACCGAUCCGUGGGUCUCAAAGCUAAGCCUACCAAGCCUGUGACAGAGGUUCUGCGGCCUGUGGUCGCUAAAUACGGACUCAAUCUUAGUGAACUUGUAGCAAGACUUAGCGGGGAGCAUGAGUCUCUUGACCUGGGCCUUCCCAUCUCCAAUCUGGAUGGCCAACGUGUGGUUCUAGAAGAAAAGGAGAGCCUCAGAGGGAAAGAGAAGCAGAAAGCACCUGUGUUAAAAUUGAGCCCCACUGUGACAAGUGGACCCAGAAGUCCCACAUCAGCGGGAGAGGACAGGCCCCUAAUAAAGUCUGCCUCCAUUAGACUGAGAAGGGAAAAUGGCAAAGGUUCCAGAGAUGUUCGACUACUGAAUAAAGACGAGCCCGUUGUUCGGACGGGGAGAAAAAGGCAGCAAAAAAUCAAUUUGGACGAAGCAGAAGCAUUCUUUGAAAUGAUUUCAAAAGCCCAGAGUAACAGAGCAGAAGAUCAGCGCGGUCUCCUACGCAAAGAAGACUUGGUCCUCCCAGACUUUCUUCGUUUGAGUCCGGGGGAAUCUGCCUCCUCGACCCCGACCGCUUCCAAUUCCAGCAACAAAAGGACUGGAAGGAAAGACAGCGCAGAUAAUAUGGCUCCUUCUUCUUCCCGUGCAAUGAACGGUACAAGGCAAGAGACACCACCGAAGUUCACCGAUAGACCUUUGAAAUCAGGAGGUUUGGACAAGAGAGACAGGCCGGACUUUUUGCAAGCUGGCAGCAGGAAACCCUACUUCCCCUUUAGUGCUCCUCUUUCACCUAUACCCCACGUACAAGAGCGGAACAAACCCGGCAAGGAGAGGCAAUCCAGAGACUUGCCCUUGGACAAUAUACAGACCAUAGAAGAUGAGAAUGUAGAAGAUCUGACCCUAGUAGCUGAAGGGGACAUUAGCAGCCCCAACAGCACCUUACUACCACCUCCACCGAGUCCUCCUUGCGAUCUGAGUAAGCUAUCCGAGGCCAACUAUUCACCCCCACCUACAUUUAUGGGUAGCCAAGAUAACUCUGGAUAUCAGAGAUCAGGUAUUUCUAGAUUUUAAUCUCUCCUUCUCUUUAGAUCUCCCUCUCGUGUGUUUCAUGAUUUUUUUUUUUUUUGCUUCAAAAAAGCAGAUGGUUGCACUUUAAAAAAUAAUGCAGAAUUGCACAUUUUUUUUUAAAAAAAGAAUUCUCAUGUUAUUUUAUUUUUCUAAACUUUAAAUGUAUAUCGGAUGAAUUCCAUAACACUAGUGCAGAACAGUAGGCGCGGCGGGAUCCACCGGCUACAGACGUGCCAAAUCUACCCGCAUUAAUAUUUAUUGAUGCAGGUCCAGCAGAUACUUUCAUGUCCAACUUUUUGGACAGAUUAAAACUCGUCUUCUGCCCAAGGUCAUAGGGAAUAAGAUUCCAUAGCAGGUGCUGUUAUCUGGAUAAGAUUCCAUAGUAGGUCCUGUUAUCGGGAUAAGAUUCCAUAGUAGGUCCUGUUAGCGGGAUAAGAUUCCAUAGUAGGUCCUGUUAUUGGGAUAAGAUUCCAUAGUAGGUCCUGUUAUCAGGAUAAGAUUCCAUAGUAGGUCCUGUUAUCGGGAUAAGAUUCCAUAGUAGGUCCUGUUAUCGGGAUAAGAUUCCAUAGUAGGUGAUGUGACCAGGAUAAGAUUCCAUAGUAGGUCCUGUUAUCGGGAUAAGAUUCCAUAGUAGGUACUGUUAUCGGGAUAAGAUUCCAUAGUAGGUGAUGUGACCAGGAUAAGAUUCCAUAGUAGGUCCUGUUAUCGGGAUAAGAUUCCAUAGUAGGUCCUGUUAUCGGGAUAAGAUUCCAUAGUAGGUGAUGUGACCAGGAUAAGAUUCCAUAGUAGGUCCUGUUAUCGGGAUAAGAUUCCAUAGUAGGUCCUGUUAUCAGGAUAAGAUUCCAUAGCAAGUCCUGUUAUUGGGAUAAGAUUUCAUAGUUGGUCCUGUUAUUGGGAUAAGAUUCCAUAGUGGGUCCUGUUAUCGGGAUAAGAUUCCAUAGUAGGUGAUGUGACCAGAAUAAGAUUCCAAAAUAGGUCCUGUUAUCGGGAUAAGAUUCCAUAGUAGGUGAUGUGAUCGGGAUAAGAUUUCAUGGUAGGUCCUGUUAUCGGGAUAAGAUUCCAUAUUAGGUCCUGUUAUCUGGAUAAGAUUCCAUAUUAGGUCCUGUUAUCUGGAUAAGAUUCCAUAGUAGGUCCUGUUAUCCGGUUAAGGUUCCAUAAUAGGUGCCGUUAUUGUUCUAAGAUUCCAUAGUAGGUCCUGUUAUUGGGAUAAGAUUCCAUAGUAGGUACUGUUAUCAGGAUAAAAUUCCAUAGUAGGUCCUGUUAUUGGGAUAAGAUUCCAUACUAGGUACUGUUAUAGGGAAUAGCUUUUCGAGGACUUUCCAAGGGCUAAUUUUCUGUUGGGGUGUGUCGUAUCUGCUUCCAAAAAUAAGACGGGGUGACAUAUUGCUGUCUCUACUUAAAUGCCAGUUUUAUGUAUUUUAUUGCCUUUUUAAUACCAGGGUUUAUCUGCCCUUUAUUCUACCUUCCAUACGGACAAAGUAUGAGGCUCUAGACUGUAGUAUCAUUAAUAUUUCCAAACUACGACUCCCAGCAUUCCAAUUUCAAAAGACUUAUUAGUGGCGCUGGGAAUUGUAGUUUCACAACCAUUGGCAGUUGCCCAUCUUUAUCCCAUUGCAUACAAUAAACAGUCUUCUCUGUAUAAAAGCAUUUAAGUAUUGUGGCUACGUCUCACUUCAUAGACUUCAGUAGUACAGCUUGAUCUGUCCUUCUGAAGUUUAAGGAGCAGAUCUCAGGGCAAGCAAUAUGGCCGCCCCCACACACAUGUAUAAAUGCAUUGUGGGUACAGUAACCAAUGCCCUCUGUCUCAUGGAAGAUAAACGACUCCGCGUGAGACAUUAGCGCUAGAGCAGCUGUAAUAAGAAUAAAUACUAUUAUUUAUCAGCCAUUAGUAUCCACUUUUGACAUAAGAGGGUAUAUCUUUCCCUUUGAAACCAGCAUUUGUGUCCAUACAGAUGUACAUAUACAGACAUACGUGUGAGUUACCGUGUAGCCCCCUGUUCAGUGUAAAUAGCCCGUAUGUUUUAUUCUCUAUCAGUAGUGUAUAUGGACCCUUUUAUUUUUAUUUUUUUUAAGAAUAUUGAUGGUGAAAAUCGGUACAAAUGGAAAAACAAUGUUGUAAAUAUAUAGAAUAUUCCUGUCUAGUUGAUAUUUUUGUUAGAAGAUGCCAUAGACCUUAUUUCUGAUUGUUUUCACUGCUCAGACAGUAGUGAUAUCCAUAUAUAUAUAUAUAAUACACAAAAGCCAUGAAUAUCUUGUAAAUUAUAUCCUUAUAAACGGUGAGUUCUGAUGUCAUCAGUUAUAAACGGUGAGUUCUGAUGUCAUUUCUGUCACAUGACUCACUGAAACUUGUGUAUUAUAAUAAAUAAAGUACCCCCAGUUGCAAAAUAUGAGGAUAUUAGAAGUUACCUUCGGCCUUGUGCUUUUAUAUGGUCAUGAAACUCCAAUAUCCUUAUAAUUUACUAGAGGGGGUACUUUAUUCACUAUAUACAGUAUGUACAGGACCGUGACGGCCAUAUUGGCUGUGCGGAGCAUCGACUCCCAGAAGCUUCCGCUGGGAUUCGCUGCUUCGCAACAGCUGGAGAGUCACGUUUGCCACUAAUUUUAUAGGAUAUUUCUUAUUAAAAAAAUGUAUUUGGUAGAAGCAAAAAAAAAAAAAAAAGUGUUGUGUAGCAUGCCUUGUGUAUUGCAAAAAACUGAUUUCUGGGUAAAAAGCCUUGCACUGCUAAGGUGCCUUAAAGGUAUUCUACAUUGUUAUUCAACCAAUGUCCACAGUCUUAGAUAUUACUAAUAUUAGAGAUUAGAAAUAUUAAAGAACAUGCGCAACAAAUGAUCCUGUAUGGUAUGUUCUGAGGGGUGGUGUGUUCCUGCAAUUUUAAAAUAUAUUCACUGAAUGGCGGCAAGACAAACAUGUGAUCUGUAUCUGAUAGAUGACGCUACAAUAAGCAGCUAUGAUUUGGCCACAAUCUAUCCCACUAGUCAAUAGUGCAUAGGACCUCCAUUGGCCUAAUAGUCAAAGUGCUCCCCUCUAUGAACACACCACCCCUUUAACACAAGGUUCUUAGGAAUCAUCACUACCAGUGAUAGAGCCAACCAAAUAUUUUUAAUUUUCCUUGAAUUAAGUUAUCUUGUACCACCACAAUCAUUCGAAUGUCGAAUGCCUUUAAGAGCUCUCGGUAAAUCGGUGAAAUGAUAAAAUGCAAAUAGAACCAUGUCCAGCUUCUUCCUGAAAUCCUUACGAAUGACAUAAUCCAGGGCUGUGCUGUGACUAGUGCUUGUGGGCAAGUGCUUAUUGACAGAUAUUUGGUAGUUAUGGUGGUUUAUUCCAUAUACGGUGGUGCCGUACAGCUCGGCCUCCAGUUCUUAAAGGCGGCACCAUGAAAUCAUUAAAUUGUGACAUCAUCAAUGUUGAUUAACAGAUAUUCGGUAGUUAUGGUGGUUUCUUCCAUAUACAGUGGUGCCGUACAGUUCUAAAAGGAAAUGCCAUAAAGUCAUUACAUUGUGACGUCAUCAACGUUGAUUAACAGAUAUUCAGUAGUUAUGGUGGUUUCUUCCAUAUACAGUGGUGCCAUAUAGCUGGGUCUCAAGUUCUUAAAAGAUGGCGUCAUAAAGCCAUUACAUGGUGACAUCAUCAACAUUGAUGAACCUCCUCUAACUACAGUCAGUUCUGCAUUACAACAUAAGCACUAGAGCUCCCGCCUUCUAAAGUCAACAGUGAUGCUCUUGAUAUAGCGCCAUACCUCAUCCUAUGGAUGCGCCCUGUUUGCAGUAGAAUCUGUCCUUCCAGGCCACCUCCAAUUAUACAAGCACCAUAGACCUGUUGUGUUAAACUACCACAUAUAUAUUCUGGUGAGAGUGUUUUAGGUGGGAAGGGGAGCUGGAAGCUGUUAUAGAAAAUCCAUAUUUAUUGUAAUGAAGCCACAAACAUGCCCUUGGCCACAGCACAAGCCCGCAUUGUGACGUCAUUCCGAUUAUUGAUUUUUCCCCCCCCUGCAUGCUAAUUUCUCUCUUAGCUCUCCGAGUGAUCAGGAAUAGUGCAUGUAAAUAACCGUGCCGUUUCAUCUGUAGAUUGAGAUGAUCUUUUUCGCUUUGUAGAUAUCCUGAUUGUAGAUGAUUUGUGUGCAUUUUGUAUCUGUUCUUUCAAAAUGUAAUAAACACUGCCCCGUACAUUGGGCUUCAUCCA